AAUGCACCGUGUGUCCUCUUGGCCGCUCGCCACGCCAGCGCCACCACGAACCUCAAGGACGUUUUGGCCACCAUGAUCCCCAAGGAGCAGGCCAAGAUCAAGAGCUUCAGGCAGCAGCACGGCAGCACGGCCAUCGGCCAGAUCACCGUGGACAUGGUGUACGGCGGCAUGAGGGGCAUGAAAGGGCUGAUCUACGAGACCUCGGUGCUGGAUCCUGAUGAGGGGAUCCGUUUCCGCGGCUACAGCAUUCCCGAGUGCCAGAAGAAGCUGCCCAAAGCCGCGGGGGGAGAGGAGCCGCUGCCCGAGGGGCUCUUCUGGCUGCUGGUGACCGGAGAAAUCCCAACCCAGGAGCAG